AUGCAAGGAUGUGGAAAUGUCAGGGAUGUGAAAUGUCAGGGAUGUGGAAAUGUCAGAAGUGUGGAAAUGUUGGGAUGUGAAAAUGUUGAGGAAUGUGGAAAUAUCACGAAUGUGGAAAUGGAAGUAGUUAAUGUUGAGGCAAUAGUUAAUGUUGGGAAAAUAGUUAAUGUUGGUGAAAUAGUUAAUGUUGGAGAAGUAGUUAAUAUUGGGGAAAUAGUUAAUGUUGAGGAAGUUGUUAAUAUCAGUGAAAUAGUUAAUGUCGGGAAAGUAGUUAAUGUCAGAGAAACAUAUUGUUGGAAAAGUAAAAAAUUUAUGUCAGGGAAGUGUCGUUGGGCAAAAAAUUUAUGUCGAGGAAGUGUUGUGGGUAAAAAAUUUUAG